AUGGCUGACAAUUUGUUGCCAACCGCCUGUACAACGAGGGGGAAGAGGAGGAAGAAGAAGAACAUGGCUGAACGUGAGCAAGAGGGAGAACGUGGUUCCGAGCUAGAACCGAAUCAGUUCUGCUGUUCUGUGUGUCUAGAGCUGUUCAAAGACCCGGUCACUAUUCCCUGUGGACAUAGUUAUUGUAAAUUCUGUAUCGAGGGGUGCUGGGACCAGAAUGAGGAGAAGGGACUCUACAGCUGUCCUCAGUGCCGGCUGGUUUUCAGUCCCAGGCCUGUGCUCGGUAGAAACAACCUGCUGGCUGAGGUAAUAACACUGUAUCAGAAUUGCUGUUGUUUACAGUUGAAGUAUAUCUCUAAGUCUGAGAGAUGUCCAAUCGAUUUUUUUUUCCAGUUAAAAUAGAAAUAAGUUGUUGUCUCAUUUUAGUCUUAACUGCCAAAUUUUACACUCUUUAGUAACUUAUGAUUCAAAUCAAGAAACUUAAGAAAUUAUCCAACACAAUUGGGAGAAUUUGUAAUAAGAUUUAUACCUGUGUCAACUCCUUAUCUUUCAGUAAUGGCAGGGUUUGUCUCUAGCUUUUUUCCAUUGUCUAGACUGAUUUAGAGAGGGUGAUUUUGAUCCUUUAUUACUCAUCUGCUUUUAACAUAAUAAGACUAAGAGAAAUCAAUAGUUGAUGUCCCUGAGACUGUGUCUAAGUUUGUGGGUUACAGGAAAACUGCAUUCUUUUCCAAUAUGAAGCUAAGUGCAGCACUUCUUGGACUUUGGUUGAGACCUUAGGUAGACUUAAGAGUCAUGCCUCUAUCAUAAAACAUGAGUGUGGUAUCAGUACGUCACCCAUUUCCUGCCUGGUAUGCAAACUGUAAUGGAUCAAGCUUGCCUUUGAUAAAGCCAAGGAUAAUUUCUUUCAGAAAGGAUGUGAGAGCUAUGGGUCUAUAUCCAUUCUGUUCUUUAUGCUGUAAAGAUUUAGAUACACAGUUUUUGGGAUACGUCCACUGUUCAGACAUUAUUGAAACAGUUGAGAAAACACCCCACUGAGCUGUUCAGCACAGUGGUGCAAUGAUCUCCCAGAGAUGGAGUCAGGGCCUAAAGGUUUAUGAACAAUCACUUAUUCAAUUAUGAUUUUCAACAACAGUAACACUAUUAAAAAGUUGAUGAACUUGAGGUAUUUUUGUUAUAAAAUACUCUAAUUAUGUGAUUACUGUGUUUCUCACCUCCAUGUUUUCUAUAUCACCAUUAGGUUGUGGAGAUGCUGAAGAAAACAAACACCCAGCAGGUUUUUCCUUCUUUCUCUGAGGCCACAGCUGCGACUGCUGCUGAGGCUGGUGCUGAUGCUGAGGCCUUCGCCAGCCCUGGGGAUGUGGACUGUGACUUCUGCUGUGAUACCAAUCCCAACAAAGCUACCAUGUCCUGCCUGACCUGUGUGGCCUCCUACUGUCCUGAUCACCUCAAACCUCACUACAACAUUCCUGUGCUGAAGAAGCACCAGCUGGUGUCAGCUACAGUCCCCCUGCAGAAAAAAAUGUGCAGCAAGCACAACAAGCUGAUGGAGGUCUACUGCAGGACAGACCAGAAGUGCAUCUGCUAUCUGUGUGUUAUAGACGAGCAUAACAGUCAUAAAACUGUGUCGGCUGCAGCUGAGAGAGAAGAGCAACAGGUAGGAACAAAACUCAGCAAAAACACUGCAGGCCUUACUCACCACAAUUCCCUGACACUCUUUUUGAUCUCAAGUGAAGAUUAAAAGUCAGAUUAAUUACUCUGUUCUGAAACUGCUGAUUGUUUGCGCCUCUGUUUUUAGUCUAAUGAGGGCUUCAUCUUACAAUAUGACAUUGUUCAAAUGCCUUCAGCCAAGUGAUGUACAUUUGACAUUAAGUACAGCACAAGCAAAGAUCUGGUCAGAAGGAAACAUUAAGAGUUAUCAUCACCAUCAUCAUCAUCUACAGUACAUCCACCGCACCAUCUCCAAAUCACCAAACUACCAAGUGCUGAGUUGUUUAUGAAGAGCUGGUCCAUAGAGGAGAAGGGCACAGGAGCUCUCUAAAGAGCUGAGUCUUGAGCUUUUUCUUAAAGGCAGAAAAGGACUCAGAUCUGAGAGAUUGGUUACUUGGAUGUUAGAAAGUCAUCAAUCAUGCCAUCCAGGUUAUGGGCUGAUCGUAUGAGAAUGUGGCAGGAUAAAAAUUCUGGCUGAGAUAGUUGUGUCAUUUGGUGGGAAUGACAGGAAGAGCAAAGUAUCAUCUGCAUAGCAGUGAUAUUAGAAAUCAUGAGAUUGGAUAGUGGUACUGAGUGAGGUGGUACGUAGCAAGAAAAUAAGAGGACAGAGCACUGACCCUUGAGGUACCCCUGUUGAUGAGCAGUGCGGUUCGGACACCUGUCUUCUCAAUGGUAGCAGAGCAGAUCCAGAGACGACCAAGUUUCACACCCAUCUUCUCUAAGAUAGCAUUGAUAAAUGCAUUAUUAGACGGUUUGUUCACACAGACAGCACAAAAAGGAAAAUAAAGUAGGAUUGUGAUUGCACACCAGACUUAAAAAUCAAAGUAGUUCUUGGAUGUAUUUUGGAACAGACAUAGCAGUUUGUGAUGGGCACGGCAGUUCUUUUAGAUGUACUUAAUCUCUAGAAUCAGUUCACUAAAAAGAUUAGUUCAAAGAUUCGGUCACUAAAUCACCAAAUCACAAUGUAGCACUUGUCGGGAGAGGCCUGCGACUCCAACUUCCUGAACUAAACACAGCUGAUUGUAUCUGGGACUGGGAGACAAAAGUGUUUGGCUGUGUUGCUUUGGCAAACAGGUUUGUAAAAAUGAACUUGUUUAUAAGUCAUGAUGUUUUAAGUGUACUGUACUGUCUGACAAAAAUUAUUCAAGAGAGUGUAUUACAAUGCGUGAUUCGCUCAUCAAGUGAUUCAGGUGUCGGUGUGUGUGGUUCAUCAUUCAUUGGCUGCUCGACUGGCAAUGCUGUUUCUCACUUCAGCUCAACUGAAGUGAGAAACGAACGAAUCACUUGAGGAAGUGAUUCAGUUCAGUAUGUUCACUUAAAAGAUUCGGUUCUUUUGAAUUAAUCGUUCACGAACAAAACAACACUAAUAGCAGUGAAAUGAAAGUGAGUACGCUCUUGAGUACCUACAGAUUUUGCUCUUACACAAAAAUACAUCGCAGGUAAGAAAACAUUAGCAAGUGUCAUAUUGUCUUUGAAAUCUGUUUGGAUGUGUUUCCAUCAGAAAGUCUCUCCUGGUGAAUGAGGCUUAAUAAUAAUACUCUUGUUCCCUGUGAUUGAAAUGACAGAGAAGUUCAUAAAUUGCAGCUGCACUAACAAUUUCUUACAGAAACAGCUGCCUGUGAACCAAAAGAAAGUCCAGGAGAGAGGAAAGGAGAGGGAGAAGGAGCUGAAAGUGCUGCUUGAAGCGCUGAAGGAUUUCAAGGUUUGGAUAUUCAGCACCCCAAAAAUGUCACUGCUGGAUAUUGUGGCGGUAGUAGAAAAUAUUUUAGAGGUAGUAAAAAAAGGUGGUAAAUUAAACCCCAGGAUUCCUGUGUAAACCCUGAAUAUGAUCUAAUAUGAUCGAGGGUGUUUUUUCUUCUUUUAAGCUGUCAAUUUCCAGUAAAUAUGUAGUUUGUCAUGUCAGUAGAUGUCCUAAAAAUAACUUGGGUCAACACAGAGCCCACAUUGAAUCAAUACAAUUUUAUUUAUACAGAAAUGCAGCCAGACUUCAGUGAAGACCAGCAGUGGGAUCUUUGAUGAGCUGAUCUCGUCCUUAAAGAAAAACUGCACUUCGCUGGAGAAGCUGAUCAAAGCCCAAGAGAAGGAGGCGGUUGCCCAGGCUGAAGGGCUGCAGCUACAGCUGGAGGAGGAGAUCUCUAAGCUGAGGAAGACAGACACAGACCUGGAACAAGUUUCUCAUGUUGACGACAACAUUCAUUUCAUCCAGGUACUUGCCCAUAUCUCACCUCAGCCUUUUGUCCAGUUGUAUGAAAGACGCCUGCUGUCGUAGUUUCCACACCAAAACUGCAAGUUCCUUGACUUUUUUAUCAUAACUGUACUCUGGUCUCUGAUUUAUUGACUGCAGACUUUCCAGUCUCUGUCUGCCUCCUGUGAAUCUCCUGACGUACCAAACGGUUGUGUUGUCCCAUCAAAACAUACAUUCAAAGCUGUGGCUCAGAGGAUAUCUGAGCUUAAGAAUGAGGUGGAGGACCUCGUGAAGACAAGAUGGCCCAGCAUCACAGCUGAAGGUGUGUAAGAAAUACUUUUAAAGAAAGUGCUAUCUAUCAGUUCCUUUCAAGUUCAUUGGUGUGAAAGAAUUUUGCUUUCGUUGAUAGUGUCUUCUGUGAAUGUUCUGCUGCAACCUGAGCCAAAGACCAGAGAGGAGUUUUUAAACUGUGAGUAACAUUUUAUGUAUUUCUAUACUCCAAAAACUGAGUUUUGAAACGUUUAAUAUGUUUAUAUUUUUCUGCUCUUUCUCCCCUGUCAGUUUGCUGUCCCCUGAAUCUGGAUAAGAAUGCAGUCUCUAAAAACAUGACCCUUUCCGACCUGAAGGCAACAUGCAAAACACAACAGGCACUCACUUACGAUAGUUAUUAUGGCAGAAACUCAUAUAUAACAACUAGGAUAACAAGUAUAGAGCAGAUUUGGUGCAGUGAGGCUUUAACAAAGCGAUGUUACUGGGAGGUCAGUCUGAGUGGUUAUACUUGGUGUGUGGCGGUGUCGUAUAAAGACAAAAGCGGUGCAUCAUCAUAUAAGUCUGAGUUUGGUAAGGAUGACAGGUCCUGGAGUUUAGAGUGCUCCAGCAAAGGUUGCUCCUUAAGACACAACGACCAAAGCAUCAGUGUGUCGGGCUCAGUAUUCUCCAAGAUCGGAGUGUACCUGGAUUAUAUUGAGGGGAUUUUGUCCUUUUACAGUAUCUCUGGCUCAAAUAUGACCUUACUCCACAGAGUAGACACCACCUUCACUGAACCUCUCUAUCCUUGCAUCGGGUUCAAGGAUGAUAAGUCUCAACAAGGCACAGCCUAUUAUGCAGAACUGGUCAAGAACUGGUCAUAA